AUGAAGACGAGCUUAGUAGGCGUGUCUCGAGCUAUACGGCCUCUUACACGAAGCUGGUCGGCAGCUAGCUCGGGCGUUCGGCCCAGCGCGAAAUGCUAUUCGACGGCGUUAGAGUCCAAUGCGCGGGGACUACUUUUGAGAAGUGCCGAGUCUGGCAGACAAGUAAACACACUUCUGUCAAAGCUCUGGCUUCGCGACAAUUGUCGUUGCAAUUCAUGUGUCAAUCAGGAUACUAUGCAGAGAAACUACGAUACGUUUGCAAUCCCAGCAGAAAUCGAAGCGGCUGAAAUCUCGCCCAAAGACGAUGGCGUAGAAGUCACAUGGAACGACUCUCAUAAAAGCUACUACCCAUGGUCGUGGUUUUACGAGACGCUGACUGCCAGCACAAACGAUCGCCCACUGGCACAAAGUGAAAAGAAGCUAUGGGGCGCCAGUAUUGCAAACAGCCCCCCCGAAGUUCCUUUCGAAUCUGUCGUAGAGGCACAAAACCUGAGCGGCCUCGCUGACUUGACGGACAAGAUUCGCACCUAUGGCCUUUGCUUCGUGACAAAUACCCCGGCGACACCGCAAGCUUCCGAAAAGCUGUUAAAGACAAUUGGACCCAUUAGAAACACCCACUACGGCGGCUUCUAUGAUUUCGUUCCAGAUCUUGCGUUGGCCGAUACGGCAUACACGAACCUGGCCCUGGCGGCUCACACCGACACGACAUACUUUACCGAGCCCGCGGGCCUGCAAGCAUUCCACUUGCUAUCGCAUACACCGCCUCCGAGCCAGCGCCUGGAAGAGGCUCUGGGCGGCCAGUCGCUGCUCGUCGACGGCUUUCACGCCGCCUCGGUGCUUAAGCAGGAGUCGCCCGAGGACUACGAGACGCUGCGCCGCGUCAAGGUGCCAUGGCACGCAAGCGGCAACCAAGGCGUGGCGAUUGCGCCAGACCGCGCGUAUCCAGUCAUUGAAGGGGAUGCGUCCUUGCACAGGGUCCGCUGGAACAACGACGACAGAGGCGUGAUUCCGCUGGAUGUCGAUGUGAACGCGUGGUACAAGGCGGCGCGCAAGUGGAACGAGAUUUUAACGCGCAAGGAGAGCGAAUACUGGUUCCAGCUUUCUCCGGGACGGAUGCUGAUCUUUGAUAACUGGAGAGUGCUCCAUGGACGAAGCGCGUUUGAGGGCCUGAGACGCAUCUGCGGUGGCUACAUCAACCGAGAUGACUUUAUUUCGCGAUGGAAGACUUCGAAUUUCGAGAGAGACGAAGUCAUUUCUCACAACAUGCAGCUGCGGUGA